UAAAGAUGACGUGAAACACGACGGAAGCAUUUAGCGGAGGCACCAGGGACACUUGGCUGGACAGAGGCCGCUAGAAAGGCAAUCUUUGAUUGAAUAACUUUGUCUUUGUCUUUAUCUCUGCACUUGGAAGGACUUUCUCUCUCUCUCGCAGACUUCAUUGCAACAUGGGAGUGCCCAAGUUUUAUCGCUGGAUCUCGGAGCGCUAUCCUUGUCUGAGUGAAGUAGUCAAGGAACACCAGAUCCCCGAGUUUGACCACCUGUACCUGGACAUGAACGGGAUCAUCCAUCAAUGUUCUCACCCCAACGACGAGGACGUCCACUUCCGCAUCUCGGAGGAGAAGAUCUUUGCUGACAUCUUUCACUACCUGGAGGUUCUCUUCCGCAUCAUCAAACCUCGCCAGGUCUUCUUCAUGGCUGUGGACGGUGUGGCCCCUCGUGCUAAGAUGAACCAGCAGAGAGGGCGCAGGUUCAGGUCUGCCAAGGAAGCAGAAGAGAAGAUGAAAAAAGCCUUGGAUAAAGGAGAGGUGUUACCCACAGAAGCUCGCUUUGACUCCAACUGCAUCACUCCAGGCACUGAGUUCAUGGUGAGACUCCAGGAGCAGCUGAAGUAUUUUGUACACAACAAGCUGUCCACUGACAAGCUGUGGCAGAAUGUCAGAGUCUACCUGUCAGGCCAUGAGACUCCUGGUGAGGGCGAACACAAGAUCAUGGAGUUCAUACGCUCUGAAAGUGCCAGACCUGAUCAUGACGUCAACACUCGACACUGCUUGUACGGCCUGGAUGCUGACCUGAUCGUGCUGGGUCUGACCAGCCACCAGCCUCAUUUCUGUCUGCUCAGAGAGGAAGUACGCUUUGGAGGAAAGAAGUCCCAGAAAAGGAUAAGUGCUCCAGAAGAGACCACCUUCCAUCUGCUUCACUUGUCUCUGAUGAGAGAAUACAUCGACUACGAGUUCUCUGCACUGAAGAGUCCAAUGGGUUGGGACUAUGACCUGGAGAGGAUCAUAGACGACUGGAUCCUGAUGAGUUUCCUGGUGGGCAACGACUUCAUCCCUCACCUUCCUCACCUUCACAUCAACCAUGAUGCUCUACCACUGCUCUACCACACCUACAUCUCUGUGCUGCCUGGCCUGGAUGGUUAUUUGAACGAGAACGGCAACCUGAACCUGGGAAACUUUGAGAGAUACUUGGAAAAACUGUCUGAGUUUGACCGUGAACACUUCAGCCAUGUCUUCGUGGACCUGAAGUGGUUUGAGAGCAAGGUGGGCAACAAGUACCUGAACCAGGCUGCUGGGCUUGCGGCAGAGCAGGAAGCGGCCAAGGCGGAGGUAGCUAGUACUUUAGCAAACACCUUGUGCUCCCUGGUCCAUGACACGUCUGCAUCUCUUCAGGUGUCUGUGACAUCAUCACAUCAGGUGUUGGGAGGCGGGGUCAAGGAGGAGGAGGAGGAGGAAGAUGACCUCUUUGAAACAGAGUUCAGACAGUACAAGCGCACCUACUACAUGACCAAGAUGGAGGUGGACGUGGUGUCUGAGUGA